AUGCCUGUUUCUUACACCAUGGCCUCUUCAACUAGAAUGAAGAUCGUUUUUGGACUCCUCACAUUCGUUGCUGUCGGUAUGAUUAUUGGAGCAUUCUUACAGCUGGCAUAUAUUCGCAGAUUGGAAGAUUCAUACGGUUCUGGAUCGUCCUUUAGAAGAACCCUUGAAGGCCGGGCUGAUGGCGGUGGUGGUUCAUUAACAAGAGGUUACUCUCAUUGGGCUUACGACAAAGAAGCUGUAAUUUUACGUGUUGGUUAUGUCAAACCUGAAAUAAUUAGCUGGUCACCUCGAAUAAUAUUGUUUCACAACUUCCUAAGUCCAGAGGAAUGUGAUUACCUUAGAGCCAUUGCACUACCGCGUCUCCAAGUAUCUACUGUUGUUGAUGCAAAAACUGGAAAGGGGAUUAAGAGUAAUGUAAGGACAAGCUCUGGGAUGUUUUUGAGCCACGAAGAGCGAAAAUAUCCCAUGAUUCAGGCCAUAGAAAAGCGUAUUUCCGUAUAUGCCCAAGUACCAGUGGAGAAUGGCGAGCUUAUUCAAGUCCUACGGUAUGAAAAAAAUCAGUUCUACAGACCACACCAUGACUACUUCUCUGAUGCUUUUAACUUGAAGCGUGGUGGUCAACGAGUGGCAACUAUGCUCAUGUAUUUAAGCGAUGGUGUUGAAGGAGGGGAGACAUUCUUUCCGAUGGCUGGAACUGGGGAAUGUUCCUGUGGUGGCAAAAUGAUGAAAGGCUUGUGUGUAAAACCUACAAAAGGAGAUGCUGUACUUUUCUGGAGCAUGGGGCUCGAUGGACAGUCCGACCCAAAUAGUGUACAUGGAGGAUGUGAGGUACUGGGAGGAGAGAAAUGGUCAGCUACCAAAUGGAUGCGGCAGAAAGAGACGAAUUAA